AGAGAGAGAGAGAGAGAGCCAGAGAGAGAGAGAGAGGAGUGAUGGCGUCGUUGCGGUCAGUGGCUCUGAAAGCUGUGAGUGGAGAAUCAUGGUCCCACAUUGGUCCGCGGGCCCGAGCCCUAAUAAGAGUGCGAGCUUUCUCGGCCAACGUGUCACCUCCAUCCAAGGCCGUUGUCUACGAUCACCACGGUCCACCAGAUUCUGUCACCAGAGUGAUAGAGCUGCCGCCUGUACAAGUGAAAGAGAACGAUGUGUGCGUGAAAAUGCUCGCUGCUCCUAUCAAUCCCUCCGAUAUCAAUCGCAUUGAAGGUGUGUACCCUGUGCGACCACAAGUGCCUGCAAUUGGAGGAUAUGAAGGUGUUGGAGAAGUGCACUCGGUGGGAUCUGCCGUUAAGGGUCUCUCACCCGGUGAUUGGGUCAUCCCAUCUCCACCCUCUUCCGGGACAUGGCAGACCUACAUUGUGAAAGAUCAGAGUAUUUGGCACAAAGUUAUUAAGGAUUCACCUAUAGAAUAUGCUGCUACAAUUACUGUUAAUCCUUUGACUGCUCUUAGGAUGCUCGAAGACUUCAUUACUUUAAAGUCAGGAGAUUCUAUUGUGCAAAAUGGGGCUACAAGCAUUGUGGGGCAGUGCAUAAUUCAGCUUGCACGAUAUCGUGGUAUCCAUAGUAUAAAUAUAAUACGGGACAGGGCUGGAUCAGAUGAAGUAAAAGAAAAGCUAAAAAAUUUUGGUGCCGAUGAAGUUUUUACUGAGAGUCAACUGGAAGUGAAGAAUGUCAAAGAGCUUCUGGCUAAUCUACCUGAACCCGUUUUGGGAUUUAAUUGUGUUGGCGGAAAUGCUGCUUCUUUGGUUCUUAAAUUUUUGAGGCAUGGGGGAACUAUGGUAACUUAUGGUGGAAUGUCUAAGAAACCUAUUACUGUAUCCACCUCAUCUUUCAUCUUUAAAGACCUUUCUUUGAGGGGAUUCUGGCUACAGAGAUGGAUGAGUGCCGAUAAAGCAAAAGAGUGCAGAAGUAUGGUAGAUUACCUGCUGAACCUAGCACGAGAAGGGAAGUUAAAAUACGAGAUGGAACUGGUUCCGUUCGAAAAUUUUCACAGUGCAUUGGAUAAGGCACUUGGAAAACUAGGGAGCCAACCGAAACAGGUCCUCACAUUCUAGUUCUUAAUCACAAGUCGACCAAAGGCCAUUGUUGUGUCAUCCUUGUUUCUGUAUAUUGUGUUUAGGGUUCGGGACUUGGAUUUUGUAUUUCACCAUGUCAUUAUACACUCCUGUGACGCAGGAUAGUCUAAACUUCCAGAAAACUUGAUUUCGUUAUUGUUGGGUGAUCAGCAGUCAAAUUGCUGAACUUUGUAAUCAGUUAUUUUAACAGCAGAUAUGGGGGAGAGAUAAUGAUAACA